UACUAAUUGGCUGUGUCGGGUGGCGGCGGGUUUUAACGACACAACAUUUAUACAUUUACGCGAUUUAACCCAAAAACUACUACGUUUUAUGCGUACGCACCAAACACGAAUAAGAUUCAUAACGCGUGACGUCAUGUUCUUCGUGGGGCGUGACGUCAUAUCCCUCUAUCCUCGCCGGUGACGUCACGGAGGCUCCAGCGGCAUCUCUGCGGCUCUCGGGGCAUCAUGGCGGCGCCCAGUGAUGACUGGGUCGAGUCUUCCGACUCUUCCGAAGGGGAGGAGCCAGCGACAAACUCUGGGACUGAUGGGGACCAAGCCCCCAAGGUCACGUGUCUCUUCUGUGAUCAGACCUUUGGCUCGUCAGACGAGACGUUGCUCCACUGCAGCACGGCCCACGACUUCGAUCUCCUGCACAUCCUCAAGACCAACGGCUUGGACUUCUACGACUAUAUCAGGAUUGUCAACUUCAUCAGAAACACCGGCCCGUCACCCCGUGACCUCCUCUUCUCUCCCCGCGAGUCCCAACCCUGGGUGAGCGACCGGUUCCUGACGUCCACCCUGGAGGACGACCUUCUGCUCACCCACGACGUGGACGGGGCCUUGGAGGAGGAGGAGGAGGAUGAAGCGGAGGAGGGAAUCCGCCACGCGGGGAUCCGCGACGAGGGUCUCCGUGCCCGGUUGGCGGAGAGGCGGGCGGAGAGGGCCGAGCAGGAGCUUGCCCGCGCGAUGGAGGACAUGCACAAAAUGCGCGAGGUGAUGGGAGCGAUCGUGAACGGCGCGGCCGCCCCGUCGCGCUCGGCCCCGCGCGGCAGCGACGAGGAGCGGCAGCAGGAGGACGAGGCCUACUUCGGCUCCUACGCCCACUUCUCCAUCCACGAGGAGAUGCUCAAGGACACGGUGAGGACGGGGGCCUACCGAGACUUCAUCUACGCCAACCCUCACCUCUUCAGAGACAAGGUGGUGCUGGACGUGGGCUGCGGCACGGGGAUCCUGUCGCUGUUUGCGGCGCGGAGUGGGGCGCGGAGAGUCUUUGCCGUGGAGCAGUCGGACAUCGCCUACCAGGCCAUGGACAUCGUGAGACAGAAUGGGCUGCAGGACGUCGUGACGGUUCUGCACGGGCGAGUGGAGGACAUCUCUCUCCCCGUGAAGGAGGUGGAUCUCAUCGUGUCUGAGUGGAUGGGGUACUUCCUGCUCUUUGAGUCCAUGUUGGACUCGGUGUUGGUGGCGCGCGACCGCUGGCUGUCGCCUCGAGGAGCAGUGUACCCGGACGUGUGCGCGCUGCGCCUGGCGGCGCUCUGCGACAAGGCGUCCCACGCCUCGCGCGUCGCCUACUGGGGCGACGUCUAUGGCUUCCGCAUGGCCUCCAUGCUCGCUCCGCUGCUGGCUGAGCCCUCGGUGGAGCGCGUGGCUCCAGAGAGCCUCGUCUCCGAGCCUCACGACGUCAAGACGAUCGACUGCUGUCGAGACAAAGUUGAGAGCUUGGAAUUCACGUCAAACUUCUCGCUGAAAAUCACACAGACGGGCUCCUGCACGGGCCUUGUGGGCUACUUCGAUGUUUACUUCAGCAAGGACUGCACCGAGAAAGUCAUGUUCUCCACAGCCCCUGGCUGCCCCGGCACGCACUGGAAGCAAACCGUCUUCCUGCUGGAGGAGCCGAUCGCCGUGAGCGCCGGCUCCACGCUGGAAGGCACGAUCAGCUGUCGCAAGCAACGCAAGGACCGUCGCUCGCUCGACAUCUCGCUGACCAUCGGCUCCGUGCGUGCUCGCUACUUCAUGCAGUGAAAUCCACCGCUGGAUGAGACCCAGGAGGCAGCGCGACGGCCGUGACACCUCAGCCGGCAUCGCCGAGGUCCUGCGUGAACAUCUCGCCCACCGUGUGGUGCCCCCUGUCACCGCGGGCACCGUGGUUGGCGAGAUGUUGACCACCUCGCCUGGUACGCGGGAGGUCGUGGGUUCGAUCCCGACCCUGACGCCUGCUGCUGUGUAUUUGCAGUUUGCGUUUCU